UACUAAUUGGCCACGGCGGUCCAGGGUUUAGCUAACGAUGGAUCAUUCUGCAUUACGCCGGUCAGUCGGCUCUCAUGGACUUUGUGGCUAUUUUGUUUGCUCAAUAUAAUCUUAUAAUUUGGCCUCCAGUUGCUGUUUAAAUACCCCCCCUCCCCCCAAUAGUAAGCCUAUUCCAGUUGUUGCGUGAACCAAAGCGGCGAUGGAAGUUAAUCGUGAGGCUUUUCAAGUGGCGUUUGUCGACGCCGUUGCUCGUCGUCGUCUUUUUAGUUUUGUGAGAACAGUGCGUGAAAGAAGUUGUUGAAUCUAGAGGAGAAAACCUCCGUCAGUUGAUACUUUUUCUUUUCUUUCUUUGAGAGAGCAGCAAACAAAAAACCAGCGGCUGCUUUUUUUUUCUUCGGUGCUCCAUGAAGCCGCCCUCUGUUCUCUCUGGUGCCACAGUUGCUUUUCCAUUUGAAUGGGUUCUUGUCAGAGAUGCAAAUGUUGUCAUGGGGUGACGUUCCCGUGCAAUAUUGUUGAGUGAAGCCCCCCCCCCCCAUUCAUUGACUCACGCGGGGCCAGAACGUGGGCUCCGGCUCCCGGACGAAAUUGCCGUCUGGAUGAAACACAAUUGAAACCUUUUUUUUUCUUUUUUCCUCCGUGUCGUUGACAAAUGGAGCGGCUGGUCGACUGUAGCUCGCACAUAAGUGGGUGUUUUUUUUUUCCCGCCACUCGAUUCCGAUCCAAGGUCAUGUUUCAGGACUGGAGUCUCUGGCGACUGGAGGACAGUCGGGUCCAUGAAAUAAGUUCUGCCAGCACGGGAUGGAGGAUGGAGGUGGGCUGCGUUAAAUCAAGAGCGGCCUGCGUUCCUCCUAGAAGACAAUGUAAUGCGACUUGAAUUAAUGACGCGGGCAUUUCCGAGUAGGCCGAUCCCACGGUGAGAUGAAACCCGAGCAGGACGACCAGAAUGGCUGCUCGCAGUGAACACCUGGGAUUGUACUUUCGCUGACGUGCCGAUACCUUUUUUGGAGAGAACUCUGGUGAACUGAGCCGGCUCAUUUUCUCCCUUUUUCCGGAUUGGCAAGUGAGGCGGCGGCAUCAUGCCGAUACUCAAGCAGCUGGUGAACAGCUCCAACCAGUCGAAGCGGCGGUCCCGGGCCGACCUCACCUCCGAGAUGAUCAGCGCUCCCAUGGGGGACUUCCGGCACACCAUGCACGUCGGCCGGGGGGGCGACGCCUUCGGGGACACGUCGUUUCUCAGCACCCGCUCGGGCGAAGCUCCCAGGGAGCCGGAGCCGAGGCCCAAGCCCAAGCCGGCGUCGCCGGGCCCGAAGCCGGGGCUGCUGUCCCGCACCUUCCGGAGCAGCAAGCGCUCGCAGUCGGUCAACCGGGGGGACAAGUACGAGUACGGCGCGGCGCCGUCCGGCGGCUCGUCCGCCUUCGUGAAAAACGCCAUAUCCCUCCCGUACCUGAACGAGGAGGACGUGAACCGGGGCCACCGCCUGCCCAAGAGCGUUUCCUCCAGCCCCAUGAAGAGGCUGUCGGAGACGGAGGGCAAGCCGGCCAACGGGGCCGCGGCCAUGGCGACGCUGGACGCGGAGUUCGACGAGCGCGCCUUCGGCGAACUGGCGGAUCUGCCGCCGUCCGCGCCGCUCAAGGGAGGCGGGAUGAAGCACGCCGAGUCCAUGAUGUCCUUCCACAUCGACCUGGGGCCCUCCAUGCUGGGGGACAUCUUGAGCGUGAUGGAAAAGAAGGGCUCCGAGGAGGACGACCUCGGCUACGAGGAGGGGAAGGGCAGCGAGGGCCGCGGGUCGCCCCCCCUCGCCCCCUACGGCGGCGGCAGCGGUGGCGACGACGCGGAGGAGCCGCCUCCCCCCGCCAGGCCGCCCCGCAGCCUGUACCAGCCGAGGCCCGCGGUGGAGCCCUACACCCCUGAGCUGCAGACCAGGAACAACAACAACAACCACCACCUGGACAGCUGCUCCGUGUCCAGCGCCGGCUCGCUCGCCGAGGAGAAGAGCCGGUACCAGCUCCACGACGCCGACACGGACAGCGCAAAGUACAGCUCGCCGCGGGGGGAGGAAGACUUCACCUACAUGGACGACGAGGACGACGACGACGAGAUCCGGGUGUAGCCUGGUCUCGGCGCCACGGACCGUCCCGGAGGACGCUGAUUGAAAGGACCAAGCUGGAACCGGCUUGAAGCUGCUCGUAGGUCAAUCCCAUCACCGCACACUUUAUUAAAACAUCAUCAAACCAUUUAAGCCUUAUUCACUGUGCUGUAGCAAGGAGACACGAAGCCAGCGCAAACAAACUGACUUCAUUCAGGUUUGGGUUUGUACAUUUUUGCGAUGUCAAAAUAGGAACUCCUUUUUAUGAGCGGCGGGAAUCCCCCAUUUUUCAAAUAAGAUGAGAUGGAAACGUGUGGAAGUGAUCAUGGAGUUUUAUUUGAUGACAAUGUCUUUGCAUCGAUGCUAAGUAGAUUUUCCUUUUGUCCUCGUCAGACUUAAAGGGGUGAUUUCUGUUAUUUUGUUAUUUCUUGAGCAUAGAGGAAGUCGAUCUAUAUUCGCCUGUUGUUUUUCAGUUUAUCAUUUUGCCCGCUGUCUUCAUUUUGUAAAUUGUCAGAGAGCUGUGGUAGUUUUUCAUAACGUGGAUUACUCAAUGUGCACUGCGUAGAUCUUAAAAGUUUAGUUUUGGGAGAGGAGGAGGUUCGGACAUGUGGGGGUUCUUAAUGGUACAACCGAGUGAGCUUCGUUACAACAUUCCUGCGAUCGCUGUCACGAUCGGCCUCAAUUAGACAAAUCCUCCGCUGUUUGUGAAGUUUUUUCAUUUUUAUUUGCAUAAACAAAGAGCGCACAGUGGAAAGAGAAGGCCUCGUGUAUGUGUCCCGUGUCCUAUGAAACCACCGGACAGAUGCGGGGAUCAUGGCCGCUUGUGUGUCACUACAUCUCAUUCCACACAGGUUGCUCCGAUAGCAUAAAGAAAGUUAAAGAGGAGGAGAGGGGGGGCGGUUGCCGGGGAUACGGUUCGAAUCAAUUAUGGCUCUAUCCGGGAGACGACCCCUCCUUCCUUUUUAGCCCCGUGUUCAGGCUCGUCUCUGGGGGCGGAGGACGUCUCAACGUGCACAGUGUUAUUAGAGCGCUUGAAAGACGGGCGUCCGGUGUGUCCCGGGGGCUCCAAACGGGCCCCCACAAGUAAUACUGUCCACCUCCUCGACGCAGCCUAAACGUGCCGGAUCAUCGGCCCCCGACCAGGUGGAGCUGCUCCAGGAAGCUGCCAGGUGGGCUGGCUUGUGAUAAUGAGGCACGCGCAGUGACCUUUUUUUAAAGAAAACUGGUCAUUUGGUGUUAGAGAACCAGCUGGCACGUUUGGACAAUGGGAGCUUUUAAAUUUCCUGCCUCGGGUUGUCCUAAUAUUUUGGGGAGCAACGUCUCCGUAAACAGGUAGCAAGAAGUUGCAAGAGAUCUGGAGAGAAUCGCCAAGUACGUUCUGACCAUAUCGUUAGCCGGAUGUUUAGAUUUAGUUGUGGGGGAAAAGGACAAACUAGUCUUUAUACGCAGUAUGAUUUUAAUCAGUCGGGGAGCUUCAGUCUGUCACGUUCUUCUCCGAGAAAUGGACACCAGAAGAAACCUGAACUGGCGUGAGAACUACAAUAAAAGGUUCACUAGAUGUGCACCUAGUCGUGCUCACAGGGAGAAACGGAGGAGGGGGGCGGAGCAUCAUGGGAAAGCGUACUACGUUAGGCCCAAAUCGUCUCUGUAGGGAAGUCCCGAAAUGAAGCAUCAUGAAAGGAAUGUGCUUAUACUUAAGUUUAUUUGUGCUCGGGUAGCAGCGUUUUGGGGAGAGGCAAAAAAAAAAAAGGUCCAGACGGUGGAAAAAGAAAGUGUCCCGAGUUUUGCUGUUGAAUGUUUUUUCUUUUCUUGUAUUCCCUGGCUGUAAUGUAGUGCCAAGUAUGUACUGUUCUCUUUUCCUAUUCUGGUUUUACAGUAUAUUAAUAUAUUUACCUUCUUCACUCUCCCUCGCUUUUGGAAUAACAGCUAUAUUUUUCAAUAAAAGAGAAAGCUGGUCAUCUUUAA